AUUAGCUUUUGCCUUUCAAAUAUUAUGGAGUGCAUAGAGUACCUCUUCUUCAAAAUUGAAGAUUCAACAUACUUGGAGGGAGAGUAAUGAUCAACAUUCAACCGUUUAAUUUGAACACUAUUAGAUUCAAGCGUAUUACGAAUGAUGGUUGUCUGGAUAUCGUCGCCGGUGUAGGCGCCGUCACUGUGGUAGGGGACUUGGGUGGUCGGAUCCGCGGGGCUGGGGAGUCAGGCAGCGAGGGUGGCUUGGGCAGCUGCCAGCCGGUGGGGGUGGUUUUUAUAUAAUUAAUUUUUUAAUUUUUGUUUUUAAAAUUUUAUUUUAUUUUAUUUUAAUUUUUGGGACCAAUCACAGGCCGCCACAUGUCAGAUAACUUGUUAUUACAAGUUACAUGACCGGUUGAGACCAUUAUGAGCGGAUUGAGUAUAAAGGUCGGAUUAUUUAAAAAUAAUCAAUAGGUGAGAUUAUUUUGAGUGGAUGAGCCAAAUGUCGGAUUAUUCCGAGUAAUUUUUCCCAAUAACAAAGGGAGUACAUGAUUUCAUUUCAAUUUGCUUGGUUUGGUUUAUGUAACAAACUAUAGUAAGGGUCUGUUCUCAUACGAUUAUUUUCAAUUCAGUUCAGUUCAGCUUUUAAGUUCCUUUUCUUAUAAAAUAUUUAUUUUAGUUCAAUUCAGUUCAGUUAUAAUAAGGUCAUUUCAGUUAAGCUUAUUUCACUCAAUGAGAACAGGCGAACAACCCCUAAAUGAGUAACAAUUAGCAAAACGAAGGUGCAAAUAACAAGGUCUAAUUCUAAUUUUUGAUUUCGCGGAACAAUUAACGAUAUUCAUAUCCCGCCUGAAAUCACCACCAAAGUUUAAACCCUAACCCCUAAAAACUUCAUUAAUUUCAUACGCUGAACAAAUUGGCAAGAGAAAAUCGAAUAAUUAGAUGCUUCAAUUAUCCUAUUCAAAUCAGUCAGUCAUUUAAGAAUGUCAUUAAUGUUGGCGAAGGCAAGCCAAGUUUUGAGCAGGGAAGUAGUGCUUAGGAACACUGGCUUGAUUAGGAGAUUUAUGUCUGUUUCAAGUAGGGCUGUUGUUGAUUCUGCUGCUAAGGAUGGGGAGCUCAGAGUGUUUGUAGUUGCUGGCGAGGUUUCUGGGGAUAUAAUAGGUGCGCGCCUAAUGACUUCAUUGAAGAGGUUAUCACCGUUUCCAGUCAAGUUUUCUGGUGUAGGUGGUUCAAUGAUGUCUCAACAUGGAUUGCGAUCUCUGUUUCCUAUGGAAGAUCUUGCUGUAAUGGGAAUUUGGGAAUUGUUGCCACAUCUUUAUAAGAUUAGAGUAAGGUUGAAGGAAACAGUGGAAGCUGCUUUCUUGUUUAAACCUCAUGUUGUUGUAACAGUGGACGCAAAGGGUUUCUCUUUCCGUUUCCUCAAAGAGCUAAGAGCUUCCUAUAUUCUGCAACAUGUAGAUAGUCCUAUCCAUUUCCAUUAUGUCGCACCAUCAUUCUGGGCUUGGAGAGGUGGUGAAGCAAGACUCAAGGGGCUUUCUCAAUUUAUAGACCACAUUUUAUGUAUUUUGCCAUUUGAGGAAGAAGUUUGCAAGCUAAAUGGGUUAGCUGCGACUUUUGUGGGACACCCUGUGCUGGAAGAUUGUUUGGAGCUGAAUUUAGGGAAAGACACUAUUGACUGGAAGGUUUACACAAAUAGUCAAGACUUCAGAAGUAAAUUUGAAAUUCCUUCAGGAGCCAAGGUUAUAACACUGCUUCCUGGUAGCAGAUUACAAGAGGUACAGCGUAUGGUUCCAAUCUUCUUGAAGACCAUGGAGCUUUUGAAGGGCUCUUUUCCUGAAUUGAGAACAGUCAUGCUUGCCGCUUCUAAUCAGCACGUGGAAGAUUACCUUAGUAGAUUGAUUGACCAUUGGCCUGUGCCUGUCAUACUGAUUCCUGGGAGUUCAAUAGACCAAAAAUAUGAUGCAUUCAAUGCGAGCACGGCUGCAUUAUGCACUUCUGGAACUGUUGCUGUUGAGCUGCAACUUGCUAGAUUGCCAUGCCUUGUUGCUUACAGAGCCCAUAUCUUAACAGAAUGGUUAAUCCGGUACAAAGCCAAAGUGCCAUACAUAUCCCUUCCUAACAUCCUCUUGGGUUCACCUGUCAUUCCUGAAGCUCUCUUCGACACAUGUACUCCCAAAAAUUUGGCAUCUACUCUUACAAAACUAAUCCAAGACGAGGGCCUAAGGGAACAACAAAUCAAGUCUGCUGGAACUGUUAUCAGGCUUUUAAGUCCUCCGGCAAACAGUUAUCUACAAGAUGAAUCAGGAUAUACUUCACAACCUAGUAUGAUUGCUGCAUCUACUUUAUUGCAUUACAGAAGGUGCCUUUAGCCGUAAUAUGCAUUUCUAUGUACUCUACCCCCUAUUUAUCCGGUCUCUUUGUCGUUUUGUUCGAUUGAGAAGUUUCUUAUAUCUAUGGCUUUAAGCCUCUAUAAUUUUUCACUUCAAAAGUCUCAUAGUAAGAAAAAUUUUCUUUAGGGGUGUUUUGUUUGGUAAUUUCUCUUAUAUCCUUAACUUUUUUUUUUCUAUAAUCACUGUUCAUUGUGGCUUUCUAGUCUCUAAACACAAAUAUGCAAAAUUAAUUAUUUUUAACUUUUAGGCCUUCCUUCUUUUGUGCUCCUUGAUUUGCCAUUGUUCAUGCUUUUCUCUUCCAUUGUUAUAUUUGCCUUGAUAGGAAUUUGUGGUUAUUCUUAGAAAACUUUAUCCUAGAAUAUUAGUUCAUCAUCUAAAUAUCUAAUGGUAAGAGAAAAAUGGCAUUUACCAAGAAAGCAAAUCAUCCCUUGGACCACAAUUUUUUUUUCCUUUCAAGUUGCUGUUGACUGUUGUUCUCUAUAUAAUCUCCAACAUCAGCAAAUCAUCUAUUUAAUGUACAUGACAAUUUUCCCAUCUUACCAUCAACCAUAACCUGGCUUUACCUGUCCUCGAAAAAGCAACAAAAUGGCGGCAACAAGAACAAUGGCUGUUUGCUUGGGAAUUAUCUUAGUUUGUUCGGUCUUGAUGAAUGUUAUUGAUGCUGAUCAAGUAGAUGCAGGGGUAGCAACACUGACGGCCGGUGAUCAUGCGAAUGGCAGAUCAUCAGGCGUUGCUAGAUCUUUAGCAGAAGAUCAAGAUGGUGAAUAUCAAACACCCGAUACUGGUGAUGAUCCUAUUCCCAAGGGCAAUGUCAUGGGAUAUUAGAUCAUUACUACCAUUCCAAGGGACGUUGUCACAUAGUCUCACUCCAUGAAAGUAAAUCCCAUCUUAGAGAAAAAUAUGUAUUUAUAAUUUAACUAGAUGAAGCUCGUGCAUUGCACGGUUGGUUUGUAUUUAUUAAACCAAAUUAUUUUUUUGUAUUUUUAUAAGACAAAAGAAAAGACAUUUUAUAGGCUAAUGCCAUAGUUUCAAUUAAA